UAGAAUACUUGUAAUAGAUAGAAGGUGUAGCUCAUUUCCUCAUUUUGAACAACCUGAAGACAAAUAUGUACAGUAAAAUGUCACAUUCUCUUCUCAUAUUACUUUUAUUGGCUGGUUUCUCAUCAAAAGGAAUUACUUCAGCAGCACCGACAGCAGUUGCACCAAAUUGCGAAUGGUUUUGUUAUGAAAUACUUACAACACCAGUGACAACUGAGGCACCUACAACAUUGCCGUCAACCACAUCAGUGACAACUGAGGUACCUACAACAUUGCCGUCAACCACAGAAUCAGCGACAACUGAGGUAACUACAACAACAGAGCUACCGAGAGAAGUUGUAACAAUUUGCCGUUGGGUUUGUUUGGAAAAAAAAACAACAGCACCAACGACCGCAUUAGUGACAACUGAGGGUAGUGGUUUGCUUGUUGGAAUUUUACUGGGUAUCGCCAUUGGGAUCGUAUCGACAUUAUCUAUUUGUAUUAUUCUCUGGAAAACGAGAUCUAAAUCUUUAAAGGCUACAAAAAGGACAAACAAUGAAACGGGAGCGAAGAUCAAUAUGACAUUUAUUGAGCAAACAGAAAAGAACCAGACGUACGAAGAUAUAGAGCAGCAUGACGAUUUAAGCGAGAAGAACCAGAUGUACGAAGAUUUAAGGGAGAAUGAAGAUUUAAGGGAGAAGAACCAGACGUACGAGGAGUUAAGGGAUAAUGAAAAUAUAAAUGGGAGUGAUGAGAACUUUUAUAUAAAUGUUAAGCAAAAAAAAGAAGAAAUGUAAAGAACGAAAAGUCUCUUUGUCUCUAUAAAC